CAGUAUUGUUGUACUGGAGAGUAUGCGUAUCUGAAUACUUGCAAGCCUACCCUAUUUGCGUAUCUUUUUAAGGCUAUCUGCCCCAAGGCUUACAGUUAUGCUUUCGAUGAUUCGUCCACUCCAGUGUCAACAAGUGCAGGGCUUCACGCUACGUGA